UAGAACCAUUGCAGACAAGAACCGUCUUGGCUGCUUGCACUCUUUAUAAGCAUUCACCUGAGAAGAGAGAAAAUUUUAUCUUUUAUUUUUAAAUAUCUCAGAAAAGAAAUUCAGUGAGAUUGUGAAGGCUGUGUGGGAGUGGUGAUUGAAAUGGGGAGUAAUUUGAACUUCAAGAACUUUGGAAAUGAGCAGUUGGGGGAUGGUGGGGGAAGGCAGGGGAGUUUUGGGCUGGUGCGGCAGUCGUCGAUUUAUUCCUUGACUUUUGAUGAGUUUCAGAGCGCGGUGGGGGGUGGGAUUGGGAAGGAUUUUGGGUCUAUGAACAUGGAUGAGUUGCUGAAGAAUAUUUGGAGUGCAGAGGAGAAUCAGAGCAUGGGAUCAGCUAGUGGUGGGCAGCAGCAGAACAGUGGUCCUAGUGGUGGGUAUUUGCAGAGACAAGGGUCUUUGACAUUGCCAAGAACACUGAGUCAGAAGACUGUUGAUGAGGUUUGGAGGGAUAUAAUGAAGGAAUACUGUGUUGAGAAAGAUGGGAGUGGCGGCGGUGGUGGUGGUGGUGGUGUUGGCGGCUCAAAUAUGCCUCAGAGGCAGCACACUUUGGGAGAGAUGACCCUUGAGGAGUUCUUGUCUAAAGCUGGGGUUGUGAGGGAAGAGACACAGAUGGGUGGACAGGUUACUAAUGGUGGAGGAGUAUUUAGUGAUUUGGUGAGUAAUUCUGGGCUAGGAUUCGGGUAUCAGCAGGCUGGGCAGAACAACAACAACGCAGGAUUAAUGGGCGGUAGGAUGCCUGAAAACAACGCUGAAAUUGGUAUCCAAUCCGCUAAUUUGAUGUUGAACAUGAGCAGGGCAAGGCCUUCUCAGCCACAGCUCGGGACUUCACAACAACAAAAGGUAGAGCAGAACCACCACCACCACCACCAGCAACCGCUGUUUCCUAAGCAACCACCCUUGGCCUAUGGUGCUCCAAUGCCAAUCCCGGCUAAUGGUCAAUUACGCAGUAAUGGAAUGAAGGGUGGUGGGGUUAUGGGAAUUCCCGAUACUGCAAUCAAUGGCAAUCUAGUUCAAGGCUCUGCCCUGCAGGGUGGAGGGAUGGGUUUGGUAGCUUUAGGAGCUGGGGGUGGGGGUGUUACCGUUGCUACAGGAUCCCCAGCUGUUUCAUCAGACGGGCUCACCAAGAGUAAUGGAGAUACCUCUUCUGUGUCGCCAGCUCCUUAUGCUUUCAAUGGAAGUGUAAGGGGGAGGAAAGGCAGUGCACUGGAGAAGGUCGUUGAAAGGAGACAGAGGAGAAUGAUAAAAAAUCGAGAGUCAGCUGCAAGAUCAAGGGCCAGGAAGCAGGCAUAUACUAUGGAGUUAGAAGCAGAAGUUGCAAAACUAAAAGAAGAAAACCAAGAACUACGUAAGAAACAGGCGGAGAUGAUGGAAAUGCAGAAAAAUCAGGUACACCAAAUUUUAUAUAUACUGCUUCUGGGUUUAUCAUUUUUGUUAUCUUUUUGGGUACAUUUAUUGCCAUCAUGCUCAGAAGUGGUAAAGUAGAAUAUCUUUUCCUAUGUGGUGAGUUGGAGAUCAAACUGCCAGAAAUUUGGCUUUCAUAAUUUAGUUGAAACUUGAAAGGUAUAUCCAGACACUUAUUAGAUGAGAAAGUGUUGGUUAAAAGUCACAAAAGAUAAAAUAGAUGAUUGUAAAGAUGGGAAGAUUCGAUACUAACAUUGGGUUAAAGGAAAAAUUAAAGCUGUUAGGAUGGGUAGAUCAAUUGAUGAAUUUCUUAUGACUUAUGCCGAAGAUUAGUUUGGCAAAGAUUAAAGUUCUUAGCUUCUGAUCAUUCAUCUUCUAGUUGAACCCAGUCUUAUUAGAGUGAACAAAGCUGUCUAAUUUGAUUAUCGACCAGUCUGCAUAAUCAACAUAGUGUUAUGAUUUCUGGAACUAUCACAACAACAGCCUUGUUAUUGUAUCCAAUCAAUUAAAGUUCUUCAAUUUAUUCAAACUGUAUUAUAA